GCCAACAGCCAGCGCUGCGCGCGAUAGGGCUGCCCGCUUGGGCACGGCACGCACGCGGGGCUGCCUCGCGGUCCAACAGCUUAACAAACAAACGCGCAGGACGCGUGCGUGGCGCCGGAGGCUACCACAAUGGGCGCCACGGUGAGCCUGCCCGAGCCCUACUCCUGCUUUCCCUUGUUAAGUGUGGGAGAUGUGGAUAGAAUAGUUCAUAAACAUCGCGACGAGUGCGAGGGCGACUUCAUGAUUAGCACGGCUGCUCUGUCGAAGUUACUCGGAGGUUCGCGCGAGGCCGAGAUGCGCGCGACGCGACUGCAGACGGAGAAGGGCAUUGGCCGGUUCGGCGAGGUCAAUGCUUUGGCGUUUCUCUGUGGGGUCGUGGUCGUGAGCAGACCGGUCGCGUUACAUGGUGUCGGCGACGGCGUGGGGUGCAAAGCUAGGCGGAUCUUCGACUUAUUUGAUCUAAGGCAACGCGGGGCCUUGAACUGCCACGAACUCUCGGUAUGUCUGCUGACGCUAGCGCGAGCCCUGGAAGCGUUCCUCAAGCUCACGGAGGAGGGCCACGUCUCUGAAUUGUUCCGGGAGAAAGAUUCGAAGAUCUACAUGGGCCUGGAGGGUCUAGACAGAGCCGCCAAAUUAGCUCUGAGGAAGUGGGACGCUCCCGAUGACUAUGAUAGUGCCGACGAGUCCGAGGACGAAGAGGUUGGACAUGUUGGUAUGAAAGACGUGAUCGCCACAGCGGAUGAUGAUGAUCAAUCUGUCUUGGUUGAAAAGAAGGAGAGGAAGGAGAAAACUCUUGAGAGAGAAAGGUUCGUGGCCUGGUCUCGUAGAUUGUUGGCACCCGGGUGUCGGCCGCCCGCGGUACUAGAUGCGUUGCGAAGACUAGCCAAGGCCGCAUCGAACAACGACCGACACGCGCUAGGCUUACCCCCCGAGUCUCAAGCGGAAGCAGAUGCCCAGGAGGCCCACGCGCAGAUGCUCGUCGACCAGGAGCGAGCGGCAGAAUUUGCCGAGAAGCUCAUCAAUGCGGAAGACCUGCCUACCACCAUCCCGGAACCGUUGUUUGAGGGCGACGACGACGCGUCGACGGCCGAAUUGUUGGACCCCAUCGCCGCCGCGUUCGCCGAGGCGGCCGCGGAAGUCGCUGCAAAUAAACCCCCUCCGGACCCCAUGGCGGGUUUAGAUGUCCCACCACCAACCCCGCCGCAUCCCGAGGACGAGGCGGCGAACAAUGCGGUCGACGCUGCUUUAGAGGCGGAGGGCGUUUUAGCUGCUCGGGCCAAUGCUGCUUGUUUGGAAUGUAUCGCGAAGCUCUUCGACGAGUAUCUGGAAGAGGCCGUGGCCGACGAAUGCGUUGAUCGAGCCGUCGUGGACUUGUUCGAUGAGUUCUGCGAGACUGUUAUACAGGAGAAGAUACAACAGGGUGCACUGGACGACGCGGCGGAUCGGGCCGUCGAAUGCGCUCGCUUGGCGUCGGAGGCGGCGUCGGACGCCGCUCGAAAGGCGUCGGACGCCGCCCGGAACGCUGCCAAUGCGGCACGGGCCUUUGCGUUCGCGGGCGAUUUGGACGACGCCGCCGAUCGAGCCGUGGAAUGUGCGCGCCUCGCGUCGGAGGCGGCGGCCUUCGCGGCAGCUCGAGCGGCGAAGGCCGUCAAAGCCUGCAAAGAGGCGGCCUUCGCCUUCGACCAGGCUAACGAGCUUGAUAAUUCGGCCGACCGCGCGGUCGAGUGCGCGCGUCUCGCGUCGCAAGCGGCGUCCGACGCCGCAGCGGAGGCAGCACGGGCGGCGCAGUUCAUCCGCGACCUCAUUUCCGGUGCUUUGGAUAACGCCGCGGAUAGAGCGGUCGAGUGUGCUCGCUUAGCCUCGGAAGCGGCUUCAGAAGCCGCUAAAGCAGCGGCUCUGGCCGCAAAGCAGGCGCGCGACGCCGCCGCCGCCGCGGCAAAAGCAGCCCAAGACGCUUUAGAUAACGCCGCGGACCGAGCCGUCGAAACGGCACGCUUAGCCUCUCAAGCAGCAUCGGCCGCCGCGAAUGCCGCAGCAAAGGCAGCCCAAGACGCUAGACAAGCCCUGGACGAGUUCGACCGAGCCGAAGAGCUCCUGAGGCAAGCGCAGGAAGAGGAGGACGAGCAGACGUGGCUGUCGGACUUGGCCAAGCCCGACGACGAGGCGCGACCAAAAACCGCGGCCGCGCAGUCCGUGGUCGACGACUACGAGGAAGUGGCCGAGGAGGAGUUCAAGCCGCCCGUGCACUACAAGAAGAAGCAGCAGAAAAAUUUCUUAUAUGAAGUGUUCUCGAACGCGCCGUUCUGCUCGCAUUUGGACGAGGCCGCGAUCUGGGUUUUAGUGAAUGCCUGUCGCAUGGUCCGGUGCGAACCGAGCAAGGUGUUACUUGUUGAGGAUGAAUCCGCAGAAGAUAUGUACGUGGUAGAAGUAGGUGCUUGCGAUGUUACUACUGAAAGUGAAGGUCCUAUUGACUGUAAAACACAUGCGCAAUACUAUGGCGAAGUAGCUUGUCUCAAAGAUGAACCCUUGGAGGCUUCUCUCAUAGCCUCAGAUGCAUGCAUCACCUGGGCGCUCGAUGCGGAAACAUUAAGGAGAACAGUAGGCCCCGAGUUUGACUUGGAGGAAGUGUCUUCACCGGAACCGUCUCCCCCGAAACCGGUUCAAAAGGAGGUCCACUACAACGAGGAGCGCCCGGACAUGCCGCCCUGGGUCGGCAAGGAGGAAUCCCUGUCGCCGGUACCAGUGGAAGAAGAAGAAAGUGACGGAGAAGACGACUGGAAGGCGCCCAUGCACUACAAGCCGCGCAAGAUUUCCAAUUGGCUCUACGAGAUCAUGGCCGCGGCGCCCUUCUGCGACGGUAUUAGUGAUGAGCUCUUGGACCAGGUCGUGACGGCCUUUGCUCCUCUCAAGACCGGGCCGGGCUUCGGUCUCGCGUUCCAGGACAACCAGCCGGAGCGAUUCUUCGUCGUCGAGCAAGGUGCUUGUGUCGUUGAUGACGACGGUGACGAGGUCGGUGUCCUGCGACCGGACCAAUACCACGGCCACGAAGCUUUGUUAAAUUACACUACUGAAAAGACUACAGUAACGUCCUCUUCGGACCUAAAGGCCUGGGAGCUGGACAAGGAGACCUUCCUGAGGUUGUUAGGGAGACGCCUACCGACGGCAGCGCAACGGGCGCAGACGCGCGAAGCGUCGCGCAGUGCUGCUAUGAAACAAAACGAAGACUUGCUUGGUGAGAGAGAAGAUCUCCAGGAAGACCGAGACAAGGGUCCCAGUGCGGCCGAGGUCUUCCUCCAGGAACCGGAAAUUCCCAAGCCCAAGACGCCCUUCUUCUCGGGGCCUCUGUCCGGCGUCACCGCCACAGAACGGUUGACACUGCUCUUGUUUGGGGAUUUGGGUUCCGUGGAUGGUGUGAGACAAAAAGCUGAUCUGAAGCUCAGGCCGGCGACGCCGCAUCGGGAAGUUUCUCGUUUUGAGAGGUUUGCGUCCUUGGUGCAGUUGGAGCGGGACCUCGCGAAGAAGAAGAACCACGUGGAACCUCUCUUACUGUUAUGUGGUGGCGCGUUUGCCGCAUCGGUGGAGUCGGGAGUGACGAAGGGCAAGCAUUUGGUGCCCAUCCUCAAUGAGUUAGGCGUGCAUGCCGCUUGUGUCGGCGCGCGGGAUUUCGACUAUGGCCUGCCGAACGCCGCGCGCGUCUAUCGGGGCUGCAACUUCCCUUCUCUGUUGGCGAACUGCCACGAUGAUCGGGGCGUGCCUGUUGCGGAUGCCAUGCGUUCGCAACUGGUCCCGUGGCACGGCCGCAAGAUCGGCAUUGUUGGAGUGGCCGGAGAAAACUCCCUGUCCGCGUCGGCCGCCACACUCCCGGGCGCGGGUCCCAUGCACGACGAGGAGGGGAUUGACGACGACGACGUCGGGACCGCUCAUGUAAGCGCAGCCCCGGAGGCCGCCGCGCGCGAGGUGCAACUCCUCAGAGAAGCCGGCGCUGAUGUUGUCAUAGUAUUAGCGUCGGUGGGCGGCGGCGCGCGCUUCGACGAGCCCGGGGCGCUCGUCGCCAAGGCCUGCCAGGGCUACGCUGAUUGUGUGGUCGUCUCCGGUUCUCGUAGAUCAACUUUCGGCGUGAACGCUUGUAGGUACGACUUCCCGCGGGACCGCGCGACCUGGGUCAUCCGAGCGCCGGCGAACUGCGAGCGCCUCGCGAGGUUACGCUUGCAUUUACCUCAUGUGGAGGCGCCGAAACCGCAAAGAAUGGUGCAGAUCGUUAGGGAAGUUGAUUUGACGACGGUCGCCGUCGGCGCGGGCCGGGCUACCGUGUUAAAUAGGUGGCGGAACGGCGACGCCGUCGCUACGUUGGUCGGCAAGGCGCGCGAUUUGGUGGCGAAGGGUUUAUUAGCUACUCUGGUCGAGCUACGAAAACCGCUCGACGCCUCCGCAGAAGCGUUGAAAGGUGGCCGCAACCUCGCGCAGACGCACUACGGCGCGUCGGCCGCCGAAGUGGCGGCCGACGUCGCGUGUGCGGCGACCGCGGCAGAUUGCGCGAUUGUGGAUGGGGCGGCUCUACGGCCUUUGGGUGAACUGCCGGAAGGCCAUGCAUUGACCGUGGCCGAACUCGCGGCUUUGGCACCGCUCCCGGAUCCCGGGAGGGAUAGGAGCUACCCCGGCGGCGAGGCCAAGGUUAGAGUCAUGCGCACGACCUCAUUACAUAUCAAGGAUAUCGAGCAGCGGCCGACGACGGCCUACUCGCGAGACAUGCACGACGUGAAUGAGAUCAAGCAGAUGGCUACCCAUGGUGCUGGGGUUAUGGUGCUGGAAGCGACGGGCGCCCAACUGUGGGGCGCCUUGGAACGGGCCCUGUCGCGGUACCCGGCCUACUGCGAUAUUUUCCCCCACUGCUCGAGCGGUUUUCAGAUCUGGUUCGACCCGUCGAAACCGCCUGGUCGGCGCAUCGGCGACGUGCGGUUGAAGGGUGCUCUAUUGCAACCGCGGGAGCUCUACCGGGUGUGUGUCACGCCGCGACUCGCAUACCACUGCUUCUUGGGGAGCGACGCGCCGCGCGGGCCCGCGGACGUCGUCAUGGACGCCGCGGACGGGCCGUGUUUGCCGGCGCUAUUGCGGAAUCUGUUCGUUGAUCUCGAGAAGCUGCGCAACGGCGAGCGGACGCUCACGUUAUCACCGGCCGUCCACCGGCGCCUCGGCGCGCCGGGCAUGCCCCUCGUCCGCCUCGACGAGGGCGUGGUCUUGGAGCCGGACGGGUCCAAUAGGCUGACGCUGCUGAACGCGGACAAGGCGGUGAAGCGGUGGGGCUUCGAGCCGUCGCAGACGCCGGCCGGGGCUUUGGGUCACGUCGUCGCGCAGCUGUCGCCGGACGACCAGCGGCGGAUCCACCGGGGGCUUGGCGUGUCGCCGAGUAGGUAGGU